CAUCACCCUCCAUGCUCCCAACAUCACGAUAUCUUACAAAAUCAUGGUCUACGUGGAACACAGCAAUAUGGCCAAAGGCAGAAUUACUGUACCUUGCACCAUUGUCAGCCCUCUCCGCCUUAUCUCCCGACCUCCAAACAUCUAAAUGGUCAGCCUUAGGGGUCACACAUGUACAUAAAAUGUUUGGUACAAAUGGCAUUCACCCUUUCCCAACACUGCAGGAACG